AUGUCCGACAAUUUCAUCAAGGUGGGCCGUGGCCCAUUCACCAUCAAGGUUCCCGCCGGCCACAGAGUUGAAAUCAAGGCCCACACGAACGCGCUCUACCGCCAAAAAGUCGACGUGGCGGACGUGCUUAAAGUUGAGAACUACGUCAUGACGGGGGACGGCGAGGAUAAGCCCAUGACAUUCGACAAUGGGGAGCCAGGGUCCAGGGGUGUGCAUAUCACAGGGGGCAAGUUCACUCUCCCUACCAUUGCGCACCCCGUCGAGGCGUAUCGGGAACUGAAGGUGACAUGCACAUUUUCGAGGCCGGGGGAGACUAAGUGGCACAAUUCCGAGGUGUGGAUUCGUGGGCCUAGAGAGACGGACGACAUUGAUCCAAACUCUGACCACGAGUGGGAGGUCAAGACGGAGGAUGGGGCUGACGAUGAUCGCAACGACACUGUCCUCCAUAUCAACGCCCACGGAGACUGGUAAAGGAGGAAUUGAACGGAUACUGGGGCCAUGACAGGCGCAGGUAGUUACCUAGGUACUUCAUAUGACCCCCUAUAUGGGGCGUUUUGGCGAAGCCAUUUGGAAGAUAGGUAGCAAGUAAUUACACCCGCAAGGGCCUUCACAC